AUGUCUCCACAGCCUCAGAGUCAAAGGAGCAGAAGACCCAAACAGAGUCUCAUUGUCCAAGAGGCUUCCUUCGUCACUUUUGUCUUAGUCCAUCUUAAAUACAAUCUCAGUAUCAAGUAUCAUGAUAUAUCUAAGGAUCAGUGUGUAGUUUUUAUUUUUGCGGACAGUCUGAUUGUUUUCUGUUUUCUGUUGUGUCCAGGCUGCAGUACCUACCGUGUGACAGAAGGGGGCGUGGCGUCUCUGUCGUGUCAGUACAGCGUGCAGAGGUUCGGCCUGAGCAGAGUCUGCUGGGGACGCGACUGUGGAACCUUCUGGUGCAGCAGCAUCCUGGUCCAGACCGACGAGAACGGGGUCAUCUCCAAGGUCUCGGAUCGGUACCGUCUCACCGGGGAUGUUCUGGACGGGGAGAUGGACCUGGACAUUCUGGACGUGCGUCGUUCGGACAGUGGACCUUACUGCUGCAGGGUCAACAUCAACGGCAUCUUCAACGACAAGAAGACCAUCAUGAACCUGCGCGUCGUCAGAGGUCAGGGGUCAGAGGUCAGAGCUCCAGGCACCAGUCCUCCGACCACCACCACAACUACGACGACCACCACCACGAUUAUCACGACGACUACUACAACUACAACCACAGAAGAAGCAGUCCAAGAGGAAGCCACGCCCACAGUGAACUGGAGAGCAGUGCUGUCGUCGCAACUGGAAAUCCUGAAAAACUCCACUCUGCAUCGGUCUGAACCCGUCAAUGUGGAGGAGCAGGUGCCCUCGCUCUCUGUUCAGAUAAACGUCCCAGUCUUGUCUCUCUCCCUCAGUAUUCUGUUCAUUUUAGCAGUGGUCUCGCUCUUUGUGGCUUUAAAACGUGGAAAAGGGCUGAAGUCUGGAUGUUUUUCAGAUGAGCCUCGCCACAUCAUUUACGAGAUCAGAAUGAGACGCCCGGUUCAAGAAAACAUUUACACUUUGGACUGAGAAUCAAAUUGUCCCAAAUGAAUAUGCUGUUCCUUUGCUGAUGUCUUUGUCUUUUUUAACAUAAUAAAUAUAUUUA